AUGCCCAGCUACAAUCCCCGCGACCGCACGCUCUCCAUCUCCGGCGCUCUCGCUGAGGGCUUCUCGCAGUCCCUCAACCCCUCUCAGGGUGAUCUUAACGGUGGCCGUUCUUACGUACACGUGGGCUCCUUCAAACCGCUGAGCUUUCUCCAGAGCUCGCCCUUUGUCCGCUCGGGUGCUUCCAUCCACGAGCAGACCGCGGAACUUGCUACUAUCGGCAUUGACGAGAUGGAAGAGCUUCCGCGGUUGAGGUACAAUCAGAACGAUCUUUCACCGCGGUCCAAACCGGAGGAGCCAAUUCCUCUCCUGAAGGAUGCAUUGCGGAAACCCCUGGGAGAAUGGCCGCGUUCUGCGCUCCGCUCCCUCGACCGCCAGACCAUCUUUCACCACGCCAUCCUUAACCCCGUCCGCUACACCCCUGCGGUCGCCAUCGGCACCCUUCUCAAUAUCCUUGACGCGCUUUCCUACGGGAUGAUCAUGUUCCCCGUCAGUGAAGCCAUCUUUGCGGGCCUCGAGCCCACCGGGCUCUCCAUGUUCUACGUCUCUACCGUCAUCUCCCAGCUCGUGUACUCGCUCGGCGCGUCGGCCUUCAAGUCAGCCAUCGGUUCGGAAAUGAUCGAGAUCACGCCGUUCUUCCACACCAUGGCGUUGGGCAUUUUGGCGGAGCUCGGUCCGGAGAAACCCUCGGAGGUCAUCACCACCACCAUCGUCUCCUUCGCCCUCUCGUCAGUUCUCACUGGACUUGUCUUCUACGCACUUGGCAAGAUGAGGCUCGGCUCCUUGGUUGCCUACUUCCCCCGCCACACGCUCAUCUCCUGUAUUGGUGGUGUGGGCUUUUUUCUCCUCCUCACCGCGAUGGAGGUGAGCGCUCGUCUCGAUGGUGGCUUCCACUUUGACAAGGAGACUCUCCACGAGCUCUUUGCCACCACAAAUGUGAUCCUCCAAUGGGCGUUGCCGGUCGCGUUGACGGCGAUCUUGGUGGUCCUCCAGCGGCGGUUCCACCACCACGCGAUGGUCCUUCCCGCGUUCUUUCUCCUGGUGUUCUUCCUCUUCCACGUGGCAAUCAUUGCCGGGCCUUGGGACCUUGUCCAGGCAAGAGCCAACGGCUGGGUCUUUUCCCCGCCCGCCGGCCGCGAACCGUGGUAUCAUUUCUACACACUCUACGACUUUUCCCUUGUCCACUGGCGAGCAGUUCUCCACCAGGUCCCCACUAUGCUUGCCCUCACCUUCUUUGGUGUCCUCCACGUCCCCAUCAAUGUCCCGGCGCUCGCUGUUAGUAUCGGGAUGGACGACUAUGAUGUGGACCGCGAGUUGGUUGCCCAUGGCCUCUCCAACUCACUCCUGGGCUUGUGUGGCUCCAUCCAGAAUUACCUUGUCUACACUAACUCCGUUUUGUUCAUCCGCGCCGGGGCAGAUCUGCGGCUCUCAGGGGUGAUGCUCGCCGCUGCCACUGCCGCGGUCAUGUGCGCUGGCCCGGUUGUCAUCGGCUACAUCCCCGUCUGUGUCGUUGGCGCGCUCAUUUUCCUCUUGGGCUACGAGCUUCUCGUCGAGGCAUUGGUUGACACCUGGGGCCGUGUCAGACCGUCGGAGUACGCCACAAUUGUCACUGUUGUCAUUGUAAUGGGCGUCUGGGACUUUGUCUACGGGAUUCUCGUCGGGAUUCUCCUCGCGUGCUUCCUGUUUGUGGUGGAAGCCUCGCGGCGCCCAGUAGUUUCCGGGGUUUUUACCGGCACCGUGACGCGUUCUACCGUGCUUCGUCAUCCAAAGCAACAAGAGUUUUUGAAGCGGGUGGGUGAACAGAUCUGCAUCGUGAAGCUCCAGGGUGCGUUAUUCUUUGGGUCUAUUGGCGGGGUCGAGAAGACUAUCCGGGAGAGGUUUGAGGAGCAGAGCUUUAAGCUGUCGCCGGUGCGGUACUUGAUCUUGGACAUGAACCACGUGGCGUCAAUUGACUUUUCGGGUGCCGAAGGCUUUAGACGGAUCCGGAACUUGAUGGAGAAGCAUGACACGGUGUUGAUUAUCUCAUCGGUAGUGGAGGAUGGGCCGGUGGUCAAGGCGUUGCGAGACGCGGGGUUGUGGGACGGAGAGUAUGUGAUUCAGUUGUUUGGGACAUUGAACCUGGGGUUGGAAUGGUGUGAAAAUUGUUUUCUUGAAGCGGUGCGGCAAAGAGGCGAAGCCUUAUCGGCUGAAUUCCUAUCCCCUGAAGCCUCCAGCUCCGGCUACGGUUCUCUCUCUACUUCCAUGGGCUUCGCCUACGGCUCUGUCCCUACUGGCUCUCCCCGCAACCUGCAAAUUGUCACUGCUGCCAAGCGCACCCUCCACGAUCUCCCUCCACGCGGGUCUUCCACGUCGCCCCUUCCCCUCCUCAUGACCACCUUCCACGGUCUUUCUACCAAGGGCGAGGCCUUCUGGAGCACGCUAGCCCCGCUCUUUGUGAGGGUCCACGUUCCCGGCCAGUCUGAGGUGUAUGCGCCAGGGCCGUACCAGGCGUUAUUCCUCGUAGAGUCCGGUUUGAUCAAGUGCGACUAUCGUUUUGAAGGUGCCACCAUCUCUUCUAGCGUGUUACCUUUGACUGCAUUUGGCGACGUAAGCGAGAAGCCGCGAACCGUGACGUUUGUCGCCGACGCGGACUGUGUGGUGUGGCGGUUGGACCAGCAGGCGAUCAGCAAGUUGGUGGAGAAGGCGGAUGGCGGGGCGGUGUAUAAUGAGUUGUUGAAGAUUGAGGUGAAGUUGAUGCAAGAACGAUUUAACGCGAUUACGAGUUCUUUAGUGGUGUCGAGCUAG